UCAUUUCAUCCAUCAUACCCACAAUGCAAAGUGAGACGGCAGCAGCCUGGAGCAGCGUUUCGGGACAAGUUAUCAUGGCGAUGAGAGACGCAUCUUCUCCCUGAGCCCCACAGCAGCAGCCAGAGCAGCAGCAGCGGCAGCAGCGGCGGCAACAAAGGAGUCCUGCCCCCGCUUCAUGCACACACGCACCGGGGCCCGGGCCGUGCGGGGAGCUGCGGGAGCGUCAGCCCACAUUGGAGGAGCAGGAGAAAGGACAUAGCCGGUGGUCGCAAUGGCAGCGUCGGAGCUGUACACCAAGCGUGCUCGGGUGUGGAUCCCCGAUGCAGAGGAGGUGUGGAAGUCUGCUGAGCUCACCAAGGACUACAAAAAUGACGAUGCCUCCCUGCAGCUCAUGCUGGAAGAUGGAACGAACAUUGAGCACAAGCUUGACCCCAAGACCAAGAACCUGCCUUACCUGCGAAACCCUGACAUCCUGGUUGGAGAAAAUGACCUCACAGCGCUCAGCUACCUCCACGAGCCGGCUGUGCUCCACAACCUCAAAGUCCGCUUCAUGGACUCCAAGCUCAUUUACACUUACUGCGGAAUCGUUCUGGUGGCCAUCAACCCGUAUGAGACACUGCAGAUCUACGGAACAGACAUCAUCCAUGCCUACAGCGGUCAGAACAUGGGAGACAUGGACCCGCAUAUCUUCGCCGUGGCAGAGGAGGCCUACAAACAGAUGGCCAGGGAUGAGAGGAACCAGUCAAUCAUUGUGAGCGGGGAGUCUGGAGCAGGAAAGACGGUAUCAGCCAAAUACGCCAUGAGAUACUUUGCAACAGUCAGCGGCUCCGCCAGUGAAGCCAAUGUUGAGGAAAAAGUCUUGGCUUCCAACCCCAUCAUGGAGGCCAUCGGAAAUGCAAAGACCACCAGGAAUGACAACAGCAGUCGGUUUGGCAAAUACAUUGAGAUCGGCUUCGACAACCGCUACCGUAUCAUCGGUGCCAACAUGAGAACGUAUCUGCUGGAGAAAUCACGAGUGGUCUUUCAGGCGGAUGAGGAGAGGAAUUAUCACGUCUUCUAUCAGCUCUGUGCAUCGUCACAUCUGCCUGAGUUCAAGAAUCUGAGGCUGAGCAGUGCAAACAACUUCCUGUACACAAGGCAGGGCCGCAGCCCCGUCAUCGACGGUGUGGAUGACACCAAGGAACUUUGCACUACUCGCAAUGCCUUCACGCUGCUCGGUAUCAAUGAGUCCUAUCAGAUGGGCUUGUUCCAGGUUUUGGCUGCGAUUCUUCAUCUUGGAAACGUGGAAAUAAAGGACAGAGAUUCAGACAGCAGCAUCAUUGCUCCCAACAAUAGCCACCUGACAGCGUUCUGCGAGCUGGUGGGCGUGACCUACCAGGACAUGUCUCAGUGGCUGUGCCACAGGAAGCUGAAGACGGCUAACGAGACGUAUAUCAAGACCCUCCCUCGUCUUCAGGCCACCAACAACCGAGACGCGCUCUCCAAACAUAUCUACGCCAAGCUCUUUAACUGGAUCGUAGGGCACGUCAACAAGGCUCUGAUCACUAAUAUCAAACAGCACUCCUUCAUUGGCGUCCUCGACAUCUAUGGGUUUGAGACGUUUGAGAUCAACAGCUUCGAGCAAUUCUGUAUCAACUACGCUAAUGAGAAACUCCAGCAACAAUUCAACAUGCACGUGUUCAAGCUGGAGCAGGAGGAGUACAUGCGGGAGCAGAUCCCCUGGACUUUGAUCGACUUCUACGACAAUCAGCCCUGCAUCAACCUCAUAGAAGCCAAGAUGGGAAUCCUGGACCUGUUGGACGAGGAGUGCAAAAUGCCGAGAGGUUCAGACGACACCUGGGCUCAGAAACUGUACAACACCCAUCUGAAAACCUGCUCCCUGUUUGAGAAGCCACGCAUGUCCAACCGCGCCUUCAUCAUCCAACAUUUCGCUGACAAGGUCGAGUACCAGUGUGACGGUUUCCUGGAGAAGAACAAGGACACUGUGAAUGAAGAGCAGAUCAACGUGCUGAAAGCCAGCAAGUUUGACCUGCUGGUGGAGCUGUUUCAGGACGGGGAGAAGGCAACCAGUCCCACUGGUCAGGUCGCUGGGACGGGAGGCCGCACACGCCUCAGCAUCAAACCUGACAAGAGUCGGGAGACGAGCAGCAAGGAGCACAAGAAGACUGUCGGCUGCCAGUUUCGUAACUCUCUGCAAAUGCUGAUGGGGACUUUGAAUGCAACCACACCACAUUACGUCCGCUGCAUCAAACCCAACGACUUCAAGCUGGGCUUCACGUUUGAUCCUAAACGUGCGGUGCAGCAGCUCCGAGCCUGUGGUGUCCUGGAAACCAUCCGCAUCUCUGCUGCAGGUUUCCCAUCUAGAUGGACAUACCAGGAGUUCUUCAGUCGUUACAGAGUGCUAAUGAAGCAGAAGGACGUGCUUCUGGACAAAAGGUUGACCUGCAGAAAUGUUCUGGAGAAACUAGUGGAGGACCAAGAUAAGUACCAGUUUGGUAAGACCAAGAUCUUCUUCAGGGCUGGCCAGGUUGCAUAUCUUGAGAAGUUGAGGGCAGACAAGUUGCGUGUUGCCUGCAUCCGCAUCCAGAAAACCAUCCGCUGCUGGCUGGCACGCAAGAAGUACCUGCGCAAGCGCAGCGCAGCAAUCACCAUCCAGAGGUUCACCAGAGGAUACCAGGCGCGCUGCCUGGCCAAGUUCAUGCGUCGCACUCAGGCGGCCACCACCAUCCAGAAGUACCAGAGGAUGUGCAUGGAGAGGAAACGCUACAAGCAGAAGCAGGCUGCUGCCCUGGCCAUGCAGACGAUCCUCAGAGGUUAUAUAGCCAGGCUGAAGUACCAGGCGCUGCUGCGGGAGCACAAAAUGGUGAUCAUUCAGAAAAUUGUUCGUGGCUGGCUGGCUCGGUGCUGGUACAAGCGCUGCCUCUACUCCAUCGUCUACCUGCAGUGCUGCUUCCGCAGGAUGAAGGCCAGACGCGAGUUGAAGAAGCUGAAGAUCGAGGCUCGCUCAGUGGAGCAUUUCAAGAAGCUCAACAAAGGCAUGGAGAACAAGAUCAUGCAGCUGCAGAGGAAGAUCGACGCGCAGAGCAAGGAUAAUCUGUUGGUCGUCGAAAAGCUCCACAGUCUGGAGACCUCCUCCACAGCAGAGAAGGAGAAAAUGCGUAACGAGCUCAAUCGGCUGCGGGGGGUGGACGAGGAGGCCAAGACCAAAACCAAACAGGUGUCAUCGCUGCAGGAGGAGUUGGAGCGGCUGAGGAAGGAGCUGAGCACGACGCAGCAGGAGAAGAAGACCAUCGAGGACUGGGCUCAGACAUACAGGAGCGAAAUGGAGAAAAUGGUCUCGGAGCUGAAGGAUCAGAAUGGUUUGCUGAAGAAAGACAAGGACGACUUGAACAGGUCGAUUCAGGAACAGAGUCAGCAGAUGACAGAGAAAAUGGCUCGUGUGAUAGCAGAGGAGACACAGCAGCUGGAGACGGACCUGAACGAGGAGCGAUCUCGCUACCAGAAUCUCCUGACAGAGCAGCGUCGCCUCGAGGAGAAAUACGACGACCUGAAGGAGAGGACUCUGGCCUCGAACGUUUCCAAGCCUGGCCACAGGAGAACAGAUUCCACCCACAGCAGCAACGAAUCAGAGUACACCUACAACUCAGAGUACGCCGAAUUGGAAGAAGGUUCCCGUGCCGCUGAAGAUGUGACACGAGGAAUAGAUACCUCACUGACACUCAAGCUGCAGAAACGUCUCACAGAACUGGAGCAGGAAAAGCAGUCGCUGCGUAACGAACUGGAAAACAAAGAGGACCAGUUCCAGCGGGCUAGAGCGAGGGAUGAUGUAGAGUUUAAAAAGGCUCGAGGGGCAGAGCUGGAGUAUGAGUCGCUCAAGCGCCAGGAGCUGGAGUCAGAGAACAAGAAGCUUAAACAUAAUCUUGCUGAGAUGAGGCAAAGCCUGCUGGGUGAUGCUGCUACAAACUCCGGGGCCCCGGGCUCCCCUGCUUACAAGGUGCUGCUGGAUCAGCUCAACUCCUCCUGCGAGGAGCUGGAUGUCCGAAAGGAGGAGGUUCUGAUCCUUCGCUCACAGCUGGUCAGCCAGAAGGAGGCCAUGCACCACAAGGAUGAGAAGGAGACCAUGACAGAGCCGUCUGUCUAUGUCGUGGACGUGUCUAAGCUGAAAGAUGCUGAUGAAAUCAAACAAGCUUAUGUUGGCCUCAAGGACACCAACAGAUCUCCUAGGUUCAUGCGUAAGCCGCUGGAAGUCAGUGACCUCCUGAGUAGGCUCAGGUUACUGGAGCACCAGCUGCAGACUCAGCGGAGAGGUCACGAUAAUGAGGUGGAGGCGUUGCGCGGCGAGCUGCAGAAUGUCAAGGAGGAGAACAAUCGUCAGCAGCAGCUCUUGGCCCAGAACCUCCAACUGCCUCCGGAGGCCCGAAUCGAAGCCAGUCUGCAGCACGAAAUCACCCGGCUCACCAACGAGAACCUGGAACUCAUGGCCGACGACCCCACAGCAUCCAGAGAGGCUCGAGUCAUCAUUUUACGACGGAUGGUUGAUCUCAUGGAGCAGCUGGAGAAGCAGGACCGAACCAUCCGCAAGCUAAAGAAGCAGCUGAAGGUUUACUCCAAGAGGAUUGGAGAGAUGGGAGCCGGUCAAACUGAGGGCCAGACGUCUCCAGGACAGAUGGUGGACGAGCCGAUCCACCCUGUCAACAUUCCUCGCAGGGAGAAAGACUUCCAGGGGAUGCUGGAGUACAAGAAGGAAGAUGAGCUCAAGCUGGUCAAGAACCUCAUCCUGGAACUGAAGCCUCGUGGUGUGGCCGUGAAUCUGAUCCCAGGUCUACCCGCCUACGUCCUGUUCAUGUGUCUGAGACAUGCUGACUAUGUCAAUGAUGACCAGAAGGUCCGCACUCUGCUCACGUCAACCAUCAACAGUAUUAAGAAGAUACUCAAGAAACGAGGAGAUGACUUUGAGACGGUCUCUUUCUGGUUGUCCAACACCUGUCGCUUCCUGCACUGUCUGAAACAAUACAGUGGAGAUGAGGCCUUCAUGAAGCACAACACAUCGAGGCAAAAUGAACACACUCUGUCCAACUUCGACCUGGCGGAAUACAGACAGGUGAUCAGUGACCUGGCCAUCCAGAUCUAUCAGCAGCUGAUCAAAUGCAUGGAGAACAUCCUCCAGCCCAUGAUAGUCUCUGGCAUGCUGGAACACGAGACCAUCCAGGGCGUUUCGGGGGUGAAGCCCACGGGACUCCGGAAGCGGACGUCCAGUAUUGCAGAUGAGGGCACCUACACCCUGGACUCCAUCCUGCGGCAGCUCAGCGCCUUCCACUCCACCAUGUGUCAGCAUGGCACCGAUCCCGAGCUGAUCAAGCAGGUGGUGAAGCAGCAGUUCUACAUCAUCGGAGCAGUCACCCUUAACAACCUGCUGCUGCGCAAGGACAUGUGCUCCUGGAGCAAGGGCAUGCAGAUCAGUAGGAGCUGCUGCUCAGAGACGGUCCACACCACAGACAAAGGUCUGAUGAUGUGCGGAGCCAAGGAGACUCUGGAGCCUCUGAUCCAGGCUGCUCAGCUGCUGCAGGUUAAGAAGAAGACGGACGAGGAUGCUGAGGCCAUCUGCUCCAUGUGCCUGGCCCUCACCACUGCUCAGAUUGUGAAGGUCCUGAACCUCUACACUCCAGUUAAUGAGUUUGAGGAGAGAGUGUCUGUCUCAUUCAUACGAACAAUACAGACUCGUUUGCGGGAUCGCUGUGAGAGUCCCCAGUUGUUGAUGGACACAAAGAUGAUCUAUCCAGUCACCUUCCCAUUCAACCCUUCCUCCCUCGCCCUGGAAACCAUCCAGAUCCCCGGCUCGCUUAACCUGGGCUUCCUCACCCGCGUCUAAACCGUGGCCCCACAGUGUUUGUGGCUUAGUGGCCGCUGUUUGAAUUGCAACUCACAUGACACUCACUGGCCCAAUAAAAUGGAAAUAAAUAAUUCCAAACACUUUAACAUCAAGAUUUGUAUUUACACAAUUUGAGCAACUACGUCCAAAACAUGUAUCGAAAAAUCUCGUGGUAUAACCGUUUUCUUAAAUAUCCCUUGUCUAAAUCUGUCUAAAUCUGGACAUGCAAAAACACAUAAAGCCACCGACACCACAACUUUUCAACAUGCAUCUGUACAAUACUCACAUCCACUGAACAUGCACAUGCACGCCUACACAUACGUGCACCUUCUCUAUUCGACAACCACGUGCAGAUGCACACAGAACCCACAUUCGCUGUAAAACACCAGAAUCCGUCCACUGCUUGUAUAAACGCCUGCCUCUUAGAGAAGCCACAGGACCCCAGCUGUGCCUCCAGCGCUCGCUCUCCAUCCACACCUGGGUGUGACUUAUCGACCCCCUGUCCCCCCCAACACCCCCUCCCUCUGUGCUUCAGCUUUAGCAGUUAAGAUAGUUCUUCUUGUCAUCGUCUCCAGUGAGAAUGUGCGCACCCACACAUGAGAGCAAUGCCUAGGAGGAGGAAGAGGAGGAGGAGGAGGUGCUGGGGCCUCAUGACGAGGAUUAACUUGGCAACUUGUCGUCUAGCCUGAUGUGUUGGGUUUGUGCAAUAAAGUGAGGUCUUAGUACAAAGUCGGUUGUGUGCUAAUGUUAGCGCUGUCUCUCCGCCCCAUGUUGAGGUAACCAGGAACCAGGCUUCGUUCUGUACGCUGUCAAUUUACUCUCAGUCAAGCCAAGACGGAACCCAUCGUUUGUACUAUAUUAUUUAUACAUAUAUAAAUAUAUAUAUAAAUAUGAAUAAUAUAUAUCAUGUGUUUUAUUUAUUGCAUUUACCCCCCGGUCCCCGCCCUCCCUUUUUAUGAUUAGAAACUUUCUCUUUGCAGAUAAUACGUCCAGUGUGAAUAUAUAACUGGGACCAUCAUUUACCACAGCUUUGUAAAGACUGUUUUAGUUGCGCUGUCGGCACUUGUCAGUAGUUUAAUGUAGGGUAGUGUAACGAGGGCCGGCACAGAUCAUUGUUUGUUAGAUCGCUUAACGUAGAGGUAGUUUCCUGCAGAUGAAGUGUAGCCAAGGUUUUAACUGAGCAGAGGUUUAGAAGGUGCGAGGUUUAAACUCCACUCAGGGUUUAACCUGCGACAAUAUUUCCUGUUUACAGCUGUGGCCAGAGAUGAGCCUCACAGAGAGGAACACAUGUACCUACACACACAACAUUACAAUCUGCUCACUGCUGUGUCACAGUCUGAACAUUUCCACGUCUUCUCUGGUCACAGCUCCACUCAGAGCUUUGAAAAUGUUCAACUAUCAUUAUUGCUUAGUUAUUUAUUCCAGUAUUGUCAUUUUCUUUGUAUGGUAAAGCCAUGUGUCACCGGGCAGACGGGGGAGAAGCGGUUUCACUGAAGUUGGUUUAAAUCUAAGCAGAUUUCUCCAGCUUCUCUGCUGUAUUCUCACUCUAAUGCUAACUGCAGUUUGUGAACCGAUACCUCUCCCGUCUCCGACCCGUCCACUCCUAUGCCUUCCUGUCCAGAAGGCUUUUAAAAGCAAAACAUAUGGUCCGUUUGGUUUUGGUUCCCGACACCUAGUCAUAAUUGUGACUUGCUUUCAAAAGCUAAAGGUGGGAUUGGAGCCACAUCCAUCACUCUGUCAGUACGGCUACAUCGUGGUGUGUGUCAGGCAUCGCUGCUGCUGUCGAACCUGCAUGAGCUUAGAUUUACCAGCCACCAGAGAUGAACCCUUUUACUCUUGAGGAACGCUGGUGUGGAUGAGUGUCAGGGGAUCUGCCCAUGUUGUCACAAACAGUCAUUUGUCGGCAGUGAAGUUGUUAAGCACUUUUCACUUCACUUCCUUUUUGUGCCAUUAGUAUUAGCACUCGACCAAAUUUUGCCUCUUGCCCUCGUGUGAACCUUAUUUUGCCUGAUGACUUUAGACCCUUAACGCUGAAAUCUCACUUGGAUGAAACAUUUUGCUUCUUUUUUCUUUUGAGCUGUUUACAUACAUCCAUCGUGACUUGUCACCAAAACUGAACUCUGUAUUUUUUUUUGUUAAAGUUUUGAAAACUUGUAAAAUUAGUCUCCUGAACAACAAACCCAGUAAGGAUGGAAAAUAUCAGAUAUCAAAUAUCAAGUGCUGAGAGAUAAACACGUUUUAUUGGAGGAGAAGUAUCAUUAAUAAAGGCCAUGACGCAGACUGCGCUCAGGCUCGGGAACAAGCCGCAGAUGAAAACAAACUGUAAGUGGGAUGAUGAGAAGUUAGUAUGUGAAGUUGUUGUGUGAACGUUUUUAAUUGGACUGCCUUUAGUUGUAUGGUUCGGGUUCAUAGGUAGUUUGCAGGACGGUGUGUGUAACAAGUACCUGAAGGGAGAGAGAGAGACGUAACUGAAGGAAUGAAUUAACCACAUGAAUGUUUUAAUAAUGUUAAUGAAGUGUUUCAUGAUUUCAGCUGCACAUUCUGGAAAAGCCUUAUCUGACUGAUUUGCUAUAUGAAUGACUUACACACGUUAUCAGCACUGUGGCAUUGUUUCCUUCUGUCGAUGCAGUAUUUGUUUUGUUUCCACUGUAAAGUGAGUAUAAAUUGUUAAAUAUGAUAAUUUUAUGUUUUGAGUUGGUGCUUUUUUUGGUGUCACAGAUGGGCCGCUGUCAAAACGCCCUUUUUAAAACAUUUCAGAGGAAGGCGGAUAAAUAAUAGAUGAUACAAACCUUUUACACAACUUUGGCCCCUCGAACUUCCUCUGCACAUUCCCUCCAUGAUCUUUUUUUCUUGCUGUUUUUGUUAAAACUUGAAGUUAAUGUCAGCCACACGUAAGAAGCCAAACUCUUGUAAGUUUCAUGGAUGCAGCAGCAGCAGCCUCCUCAGACUCAGCCGGUCCCUGUGGACUGACGUAUUGAUGGCGCAGGAUGGGAGGGCUGGCUUAGUUUCACAGGAGAAACGAAAAAAGAACACAUUCAUCCAUUCGUCGCUUCGUAGUGUCGAGCAGAGCUGCGGAAUCUUGCUCUUCCUGGGCUUCUCUUGGGCUCUCAGACAAAGAGAAAAUGUCAUUCCUUCACUCUGUGUUCUUACAUCCAGGAGACAGUCAGUUGUAUGAUAUGACGUAGACAUUAUAAAUGACCAUCGUUCUUAUCCGCACUAGCGUUGAUUGUGCCAUUUUAAAUAAAACACAUAUUGUUGUAAACAGAAGAUGUAUCAUCAUCACCUCAGCUCUGGUGGUCCUGGUGUGACAUGUUUCCUCUCUACACCCACGUGUACAUUCGACAGACUGGACUGUUUGUAGUUUCUGGUAGCUGUGCGUAGUGAAUGUGUUCACCGUUUAGAAACUAAGAAACUUGGAAUAAAUUGUCAAAUGUGUAAAAGUAAAAUAAAAGAAUUCAGCACUG